CUUCCCUCACACCGCUCCUCAUCUCACACCUUCCCUCACACCGCUCCUCCCCUCACACCGCUCCCCGCCUCUCACCUGCCCUGACACCCCUCCCCGCCCCUCACACUGCUCCCCGCCCUCACCUGCCCUUCACCGCUCCCGGCUCUCUCACCUGCCCUACACCGCUCCCGGCGCUCGCACCUGCCCUUCACACCACUCCCCGCCUCUCACACCGCUCCCCGCCUCUCUCACUUUCCCUCACAUCGCUCCGCCCCUCACACCGCUCCUCGCCUCUCACUCCUUCCCUCACACCACCCCUCACACCGCUCCCCGCCUCUCACACCUUCCCUCACACCGCUCCCCGCCCCUCACACCGCUCCCCGCCUCUCACACCGCGCUCCCCGCCUCUCACACCGCCCCCCGCCUCUCACACCGCCCCCCGCCUCUCACACCGCCUCUCACACCGCUCCCCGCCUCUCUCACUUUCCCUCACAUCGCUCCGCCCCUCACACCGCUCCUCGCCUCUCACUCCUUCCCUCACACCACCCCUCACACCGCUCCCCGCCUCUCACACCUUCCCUCACACCGCUCCCCGCCCCUCACACCGCUCCCCGCCUCUCACACCGCUCCCCGCCUCUCACACCGCCCCUCACACCGCCCCUCACACCGCUCCCCGCCUCUCACACUGCUCUCCGCCUCUCUCACCUUCCCUCACACCUCUCCCCGCCCUUCACACCGCCUCCCGGCUCUCUCACCUGCCCUCACACCGGUCCCCGCCCCUCACACCCCUCCCCGCCCUUCACACCGCCUCCCGGCUCUCUCACCUGCCCUACACCGCUCCCCGCUUCUCACACUGCUCUCCGCCUCUCUCACUUUCCCUCACAUCGCUCCGCCUCUCGCACCGCUCCCCUCACACCGCUCCCCGCUCUCACGACCUCCCCCCAACCCGCCCUCUCGAAGCGCACAAGACGCUGCUGCUGGGCUCGGCGCGGGGUUUCCUGUGCGGUUCCGUGCUCCUGUACUGCCGUGCCCCGCUUGGUUCACGGCGCUCCCAGUCCCGCCAUGGCGCUGAGAAGGAGUGUCCCGCCGGGCCGGCGCCCUCCCGCAGCUAAGGCUGGAGGUAUGAGAGUGUCUAAAAAGCAAGAAAACGGACCUGUUGAGAAAAACGCUAAACCUCCAGGAAAAGACAAGUCAAGUGCUCUUGUCAGUUUUGCAAGACCUCAGAACAUGGGUGUCUUGGUAGCAGAAGCACUGAACAAAAUGAGCCACAAAAUCCAUGCAGCAGCAUUACAAGUGGCUCACCAAAAGCCACAGCCUACCUUGGAGAAGUUCAUACUGCCUAAAAGAAUUUACAUUAUUCAACAGCCACGGAAAUGUUAAAAUUAUUUUUAAAGUACUUAUGUUUACUUAAAAGUGAUUUUCUAUUCUAUAUAGCACUUAGCACACUGGUGAAGUGCUCAAAAACUGUGUGCCUUGUAUCUUGCUGUCUUUCUGUGACUGACAAUAAAAUAUAAGAAGAGUUACUAAA